AUGUCCGAAGAACUCCAAACUCUCCACGAAGCCCAGCGCCUCCUCCAAGCGGCCUACGACGAAAAGCGAACAGAAGAGGCUCGCGUCAAAUACCUCGAAAACCAAGCCUUCGACAGCUGGAUCGCUAGACUGUCCGAUCUGACCGACAGGGUCAUUACCCAUGAGCGUUUCAAAGACGUGAAGCUGGCGGAGAGAGCCAAGCAGCGACUUAAGGAUGCGAUCCAGCAGCACAAGAAGGCUCGACAGUGGGAUCAGAUCAGGGGGAUUAGAGAGCAUAUUGAGGCGUUGGAUAUUGUGAUUGAGGCGAGAGAGUAUGUGGUGGAUCGGUUGAUGAUGCGUGUGGAGGAGUGUGACGAGGUGCACGAGAUCGAGUAUGAGAAGAUCCAGAUGAGGGACACGACGAUGGAGGGGGAGAUGGAGAGUGGUGGUGUGGUAGGAAAUGACCGUGUCCAGGGAGGCAUCGGAGGGGCCAGGGGUCAGGUGAAGUCGUGGUGGUGA